AACACGAACGAUUUAGCAAACUUCGCUUUUUUGUUUUUGCUGAGAGAACCUCGGCAUACGUCAUAUUUACGCGACUGUUUUUGUUCGGCGCUUCCUGUGAAUUUGUGAAACCACUUUCAUCAUGGUUGUGUUUCCAUCUUCGCUAACGGAGGAAGAAGAGGCUUUGCAAAAGAAGUAUGCCAAGCUCAAGAAAAAGAAAAAGGCACUACUUGCUCUUAAGAAGCAGAAUACAACCAACCAGACAAACCCGAGUGGAUUAAAACGGACACUGUCGGACCAGCCUGUUGUUGACACGGCAACAGCAACUGAGCAAGCCAAGAUGUUGAUCAAGUCAGGGGCGAUCAGCGCCAUCAAGUCGGAGAACAAGAACUCGGGUUUUAAACGCUCUCGUAUGCUGGAAAUUAAACUCAAGGACCCUGAAAAGGGCCCGGUUCCAGCUUUCUUACCUUUCCAAAGGAGCGUUUCUACAGAUGAAGAGCAACCUGAGUCUGGAAGGAGGUCGCACAGGAAGUCUCUGUAUGAGAGCUUCGUCAGUUCAAGUGACAGAUAUCGCGAUGAAGAGGAUGGGGGAGGAAUGUCCUCCAGCCGAGAGAUGGACAGAGACAGAGACCGGGACCGAGACAGAGAUCGAGAGAGGGACCGGGACCGUGAUAGGGAGCGUGACCGAGAGCGAGAACGGGACCGUGAGCGUGACCGUGAGCGAGAUAGAGACCGCGAACGGGACAGAGAGCGUGACAGGGAUCGAGAGCGUGACAGGGUGAGGGAGCGGGAUAGAGAAAAGGACAGGGAGAGAGACCGGAGCAGAGACCGGAGCAGUGAGAUGGAUCGUGACCGUGAGGCGGACAAAGAGCGUGAUGGAACAUUCAGACGGUCGGAUUCAUAUCCCGAGCGCAGAGUGAGAAAAGGGAAUACGGUGUAUGUUUAUGGCUCGGGGCUCUCCGAGGACAACAUGCGCUCAGCUUUCUCUCAACACGGCAACAUCAUCGACCUCUCCAUGGACAACCCACGCAAUUGUGCAUUCAUUACAUUUGAGAAGAUGGAGUCUGCAGACCAGGCAGUAGCUGAGAUGAAUGGGAGCACAGUAGGAGACGUUCAUAUCAAAGUCAGCAUUGCCAGGAAGCAACCCAUGUUGGACGCCGCCACUGGCAAGUCUGUGUGGGCUUCUCUGGCCGUGCACAACAGCACCAAAGGCUCUUACAGGGACAAGAGGAAUCAGGUCGUGUACAGCGAAGAUUUCCUGGAAUGAAACCAAGUGGCUAUUAUUAUUCAUUCGGUUUCUGUCUUUUGCCUUUAAUCCUUUUUCUCAUCACGACCUGUCGGCCAUCAAUGGGUGACAAAAUCUCUUGUUUGUUUGUUUGUCAAAAAUGAUAACAUUCAUAAA